AUGGCUUUCGAGUUAAAAAAUAUAAAGAAAUCGUUAACUGAUCCGGAAAGACGCACAUCUUUAAUUUUUUUGACUUUAUUCUGUGGAGGAUUGGUUUUCAUUGGACUACACAUUUACAGAUCGCUUGACGGCCUUGGCUUUAAAUGCGAACACACAAAAAUGAACGAAACCAUCACGAACCAAAUCCUCGAAGACAAAGUCUACUGCGAGGAAACUAUGAUGCCCGAUCUCCGCGAAUUCAUAGACUCUAAGCGAGACAAUCACACCUGGUGCGGCUUUCUUCACGACAAUGUUGGUCACCAGAAGACAAGAGCAAAGUCGCCGAUUUAUGCUUGCUUUCCAGCCGUCCCAGCUGACAUGCAAAUCCAAGUGACUUGCCCGAUGAACUCAACAGUUAGGACCGGACAGGAUCGCCGUUUAGGAUGGACAGUCAGCCGAUGGUGUAAUAGCAAUGGAACUUGGGAUAUAAGCAGCUCCCUGCUCCGGACUCUUUAUUUUAUUUCUGAUACUUUCGAGAGUAACUAUUAA